CUGCCUGAGUCCUCGUUCCGCCUACUUCUACGAGUUCCCUCCAGCCGAGCAGCAGCAGGGGCAGCGCGGCGCGGCCGCCGCCGGCAAGAAGAAGGGGUCGUCGGUGAGCCUGGCGCGGCUGCUCCGCGGCCUGCGCACCGUGCACCGCAAGGACAAGCCGCGCCACCGCCCCGCCGCGCACGCGCGCCUCGCCAGGGUGGGCACGCCGGACUCCCUGGGCGACUGCGGGCCGCCCGAGUACGAGCGCGUGCGCAUAAUGCAGGUGAACGGCGGCGCCACGCCCAGCUUCGAGGAGACCAUCCACCG